CCUAUUAAACACGCAUCUUUACUAUGGUUAAAGAAUUUGAGUCUUCGAUUAAUGAAAAAGACUUUAUAUUGCAAGGAAUAAAAGAAGGUUUACGUCUUGAUAAUCGCGAUAUAUAUGAUUUCAGACAAUUAGGUAUUACAUUUGGUCCAGAUUAUGGUCGCUCUGAAGUAACGUUAGGAAACACUAGGGUGUUGGCUAAAGUUUCUUGUGAAGUAAUGCGACCUUAUCAAGAUCGCCCUGCUGAAGGCAUGAUAACUUUGAGUACAGAAAUGUCACCAAUGGCUUUUCCUUCUGUAGAACCUGGAAGACCUUCCGAAGAGGAAAUUCUUGUAAGUCGCAUACUUGAAAAAGCUAUAAAAAGAAGUCGAGCUAUCGAUACUGAAGGAUUAUGUAUUGUUGCUAAUGAGAAAGUGUGGUCAAUACGCGUUGACAUACAUUUUCUUGAUCACGAUGGAAAUAUAAUCGACGCGGCUUGCAUUGCUGCGAUAUCUGCUCUUGCUCAUUUUAGAAGACCUGAUAUUACUGUCAUAGGAGAAGAAGUGACAAUACAUUCAAUUGAACAAAGAAAUCCUGUUCCAUUAAGUAUACAUCAUAUGCCAAUUUGCGUAACAUUUGCUUUCUUUGAGAAUGGAGAAUAUGUUGUUGUAGAUCCUACUUUACAAGAAGAACAAAUUCGUCAAGGAGAUAUGACAAUGACAUUAAACAUUCAUAAAGAAAUUUGUGCUUUAUCAAAAGCUGGAGGUACACCUUUAAAAAUGGAAACGAUUAUAAAUUGCUCUCAAAUUGCUACUACAAAAGCAAAGUGGAUAACUGAGCAAAUUCAAGCUGCUUUAGAUGCCGAAAAAUCAAAAAAAUAAAUUGGUUCUUGGUUUAUAUUGUUCUUUUGUGUUAUAGUAAUAGCGGUAACAAUUUAACCAUGAAUGAGUUAUAUUAAUGAAAUUAGUCUACUUGUAAUAAUAACUAAUGUAAUAAUAAAUUUUAUUUAAAAUUUUGCUGAAAAUUUGGCCCAUAAUAUUCUAAUACUUUUCAAUAAACCAUAUCAGACUUGAAAUCAUAACUAAGAAACUUCGUAUCUUGUCAGACACCUUGCAUUAUUGGUUAAAAGCAAGGAAAAAUUCCUGCUAAAAUAUCUCCUUCUGGUACUUGCUUUUACGGCGAAAUUUUGGUAGCAAGUUUCAACCAUACUUGAGUAUCUAGUAAGAAGACCUUGAAUGGCAAAAAUAUGGACCUCUCAAAAAUUGUGGUAAUUGACGGAUCCAGUUUCGGAUAUCCGCGGAUCAUCCGUGAUCCGUCGGGUAUAUAGAUCAUCGACGAAUAUAUUUCACUAUCUUACUUUUAU